UGGGACCAAGAUGGCUGCGCCCAGGUCAAGCCGAGUGGCGGCUUCACCUCUUCCUGACCGACAGGGCUAUGCCGGGCAAGGAGAUCUGGAUCCGCACAAGGGAUAAACUCAGGAGUUUCCCUGAUUUCAUGGCAGCAUGUGCUGAAGAAGCAUCAGUAUAUGGGAGAUGUGUGGCUGCAAAUACCCAGGGAAGCAAGGACCUCCGAAAGGACAUGUGUGCAAAAGAGUUUCAGGCACUUAAGAGCUGCUUUACAUUAAAUGCCAAGAAAGCCAGGUAAAGUACAAGUGCUGAUCUCUGCAAAGUUGUCCAAGGAACAUUGCUGCACAAAAAGAACGUCCCAUCAAUGUGUUAUCAAAUAAAUCUGAACAUCAGCAUCCUGUAACAGGCAUAUCAGAAUUAAGCAUGAUAUUAAAGAGUAGAAUUAACUCAAAUAGACCACUAUCUUUUUAUUUAAUUUUCUUGGCUUGGUGCAUUUUUAAUCUUUGUAAAAGAUGUUUGAAAAUGGAACGUUUUACUAUUUUGCGUCCAGUAUUUCUAAAUGAGGCAUUACUGAGGACGGAUGUGAUGUGCCGAUCCUGAACCCCAACUACAAUUUCUGCACUCUGUGACGUCAGAGUUCCCACUGUUCUUAAUAUUUUGUUUUUCACAAUCAUAAUUACCACUGUUUACAAUAAUUGUUCUAUAUGUACGAUAAUUAAAGAGAUGGAAAUUCA